GUCCUCUCGUACUGAACCAAUAAAUUCACUUUGUUUCGAAACCAAACUACACCCAACGACCAUAAGCCAUCGCCAGCCAGUCCAGACUUAUUGUACGAGCAAAAGCUGCCCUUCUCAAUCCACAAACCCCUGGAUGCCAUGUUCUGACUGGGGUCGACGGCCAUGGUGGCUGGCGCCUAGAGGCUGUAGUGGCCCCGUUCUAUCCGAUUUGGGACUCACGUUUGCCUGCUUACUACUAUUGUCAGCCUGGUCGAUCGUACAUUCCUUCCCCCCCUUUUCUUCUGCUUGUACAGUUGUACAGUACCUACCUAGGUACCUAGCUACCUACCUAGCCACCGGCCGCUCAAGCGACGGGUCCUCGGGUGUGAAUAAUCCCCUUUUAUCAAACAAGCAAACAAUCCCACUGCCUUUGUCCCACAUCUAAGCGGAGGCCUAAAUUUACUUCCUCCCUCCUUCAAAAGAACCCUGCCCAGUAAUCCAAGGAGUGACCUUGGUUUUGGCGAUAUAAAUCGUCAAAGAUCGCCAUCUCACCUCCCACCGACUUAUGCAGCCAGCAUUACCCCUGAAGCUUCUUUUAUACCCAACACCAGGUACAAAAACCAAGGAAAGCAACUGUUCAUAGUUACCUACCUAUUUACAACCUGCUAGCCAUCUCACUUUUUUUUCACCUUAGCUCUCGGUUUCUUGAUCUUUAAUUUUUUCUCUUUUUGGUUACUCAUCUUACACCAAAUUAUACACAAUGCGUGCACCUACAGCAUUUGUUGCCAUCGGCCUCCUGGCCAGCGCCGCCGUCGCCGCGCCCUCCGGGAGCAUAUACGCCCGCGAUGAGGCAAAGGUUGAGCGCAUCGCCGCGGUCCCUGCCCUCUUGGAAAUUGCCCCCGACUCCAAGUCUUGCGCUCCCGAGCUCACCGGCUGUGCGACCGCCGAACAGGUCGCCCCCCUGCUCGCCGAGGCCCUGAGGGAUUACAACUUCCACGAGAGCCCUUGGGAGAUGGCGGCCAUCAUCUCGUUGACGGUUCACGAGAGUGCCCAGUUCAAGUACAGAGCUCCGGCCAAUGCCCAGCACGCCGAGGAGUUUCCUCUCAAGGGUACCUCCAACAUGCAAAGCGCAGAUUUUAAUUUCCAAUUCGCCAAGUCGCUGCCCGCCAUCGCCAAGGAUGUCAAUGACAUCGUCAAGGACGCCGCCAACGCCAGCAGCCUCAACAAGGAUCAGAUGAAGAGUCUGCUCAAGGUCCUACAGAGGGACGAGACCAACUUCGCCUCAGGCUCUUGGUUCCUUCGCAACAAGUGCUCCGAGGCAGACCGCAACGGCAUCAAGACCGGCACCCGCAAGGGCUGGGUCGACUACAUCAGCAACUGCGUUGGUGUCAAGGAGAACACCCAAGACCCUGAGUGGAAGAAGCGCGAGGAUUACUGGGUCAAGACUGUCAAGGCUAUGAAGCUGACCGUUAAGACUUGAAAAAGGCUUCUUUUGGUGUUUUGGAUUUUUUAUACUUUAGCAUAGGUUCUCACAUGGUCUCUGUGAGACUUCAUAGGCGUUGAGCGAUGUGCUUCUCCAUCUUUUUUUUUUUUUUUUGUUUUGUUUUGUUUUGGGCUGUUUAUUUU